UUUCACAUAACAUGAUAAUAUUCUUUUUCUAAAUUAUACCUAAUGUAAAGAAAUAGUUGCCAUAGUAUACUUUUGUAUCUUUUAUAGAAAUCCACACCCGCUUACGCACGCAGUUGUUGUCGAUAGGCACCGAUAAACAUGGACCAGGAUCACUUAAAUAAUGCAGCGAGGAAAACAUGGAAAUUUGGUCGCCUGCGUUCGCUGUUCAUCGUUACGGCCGGAGCAACUGCCGUAGUGGCUGGCCUGACCGCGUACAAGAAACAGGAGCAGAUGUUCCGAACGUUUGUGAUGCCAGUCGUUCGGCUGCUGCCGGCGGAAACCAGUCACCAUCUGGCCGUGCUUGCCUGCAAGUACCGCAUGUGUCCGGUGUCCCAAUACCAAGACGACAUAAACCUGCACACACCAUUCUUUGGCAGGUUGCUUAGCAACCCGAUCGGCAUUGCCGCCGGCUUUGACAAGAAUGCGGAGGCCGUGAGCGGACUGCGCGACUUGGGCUUCGGCUUCAUCGAGGUCGGUACCGUCACACCGGUCGCCCAGGAAGGCAACCCCAAACCUAGGGUCUUUCGUCUAUCCAACGAUCGAGCCAUUAUCAACCGGUACGGGUUUAACAGCGAGGGCCACCAGGCGGUGCUCCAGCGGUUGCGCCUGCUCCGCAGCAGGGAGGACUUCAAUGGCGUAGUGGGGGUCAAUCUGGGUCGGAACAAGUCCACCAUGAGCCCCAUCGCCGACUAUGUGCAAGGCGUGCGGGUGUUCGGCCCCGUAGCAGAUUACCUCGUUAUUAAUGUGAGCAGUCCCAACACCAAAGGUCUGCGCGACAUGCAGAAUAAGGACAAGCUGGCGGAGCUGUUAGAGCAGGUGAACAAUGCGCGGUCGGGUCUGGACACAAACAAAAAAGUGCCAAUCUUCUUGAAACUCUCGCCCGACCUGUCUCUGGACGACAUGAAGGACAUCGUCUGGGUGAUCAAGCGCAAGCAGAGCCCCGUGGAUGGCCUGAUAGUGUCCAACACGACGGUGUCUCGAAAGAACGUUGAAUCCAACGAACUGGCUUCGCAGGAGGGAGGCUUGAGCGGGCCACCGCUCAAAGCCCGUUCAACGGAGAUGAUCGCCCAGAUGUACGAGCUUACCGGCGGCAAGAUUCCCAUCAUUGGGGUCGGCGGUGUCGCUUCCGGUUAUGAUGCAUAUGAGAAAAUCGAGGCGGGAGCCUCGUACGUCCAGGUUUACACGGCUCUUGUGUACGAGGGUCCGAAUCUCGUCGCCGACAUAAAGGCGGAGCUUUCGUCGCUGAUCACCCAGCUUGGGCAUACUAGCGUUCAGGACGUGGUAGGCACCAACUCCAAGUUCUACUUGCCCAAGAAAUGAGACAACUGCCCUGUGCGUAGCCCCAAAUUUGAAGGGAUGUUUUCAUUCUUUACGUUUGUGUACAACUAAGCUAUCUCCAAUUCUCCAAUCGCCUGGCUUUAAAAUAAAUCUAAUUCAUGUA